UUGCUCAACAUUUGAGCAAAUAGGCCUAUCAUAUUUCAUUUCAAGUUCAAAACAAGAUUUAUUUCAAGUCAAAACUACUACUCCAUUGUCAAAUCUCAGUAUACAGCUCAAACAGCAGAAACCAAUGAGAUGUAGAUAUGGAAUCAGCUGACAAUCACCAGCGUGAUCAGCAGCAAUGUCGAAGUCCUUUUCUCAAAACAUGAAAUCGAUUUUCCGUUUAAAGUCCCCAGUCAUUUCAAGAACCAUUUCAGCAUCUCCAUUUUCUUCUUCCCCUGUCUCAUCAAACUUACCCGCAGCAAUCCUCAAUGCCAAGACCCUUAGCCAAGCCAUGCAGCUAUUCAACUCAGCAUCCAGAAAAACAGACCCAAUAAAGGAUCUUACACUACACUUAGCCAUCAUUCAUUACUUAACCCGAGCUAGAUUGUAUCUCGACGCCAGAUGUUUGAUAAAAUGCCUCAUCGAAAAUCUUAGUAAAACCAGCAACCCCAGAAAGGUUUGCUCUUUAAUUUUCAAUUCCCUUAGUAAAAUAGAUUUUGGGUGUCGUUCUAAUGUGUUUGGGGUGUUGAUUAUUGCGUUAUCUGAAAUGGGUUUUCUUGAUGAUGCCUACUGGGUGUACCAAAAGAUGGGGGAGUUACCCUCUUUGCCUGCUUGUAAUGCUCUUUUAGAUGGGUUUGUGAAAAUGGGUAAGUUUGAAUUCAUGUGGGGUAUUUAUAGGAAUAUGCUCACAUUAGGGUUAUGUCCUAGUAUAGUGACAUAUGGAGUAUUGAUUGAUGCAUGCUGUCUGAAAGGUGAGAUUUUGAAAGCUAAAUUGCUAUAUGAUGAGAUGGCUGAGAAAGGGAUUAAACCAAAUGUUGUGAUAUGUACUACUCUGAUACGCGGGUUUUGCAGUGGGGAUAAGAUACUGGAAGCUGAAAGCAUGUUCAUGAAAAUGCGGGAGGUUGGAGUUAAGCCUAAUCUUUACACUUAUAAUACUCUGAUGGAUGGCUAUGGCAAGAUCGCUGAUGCCGGAAGAGCCUUUCAGCUGUAUCAAGAAAUGAUGAAUCAUGGAAUUCUUCCGAAUGUUGUUACUUUUGGUAUCUUGAUCAAUAUGCUCUGCAAAGUGGGUGAAGUGAUAGCAGCGAGGAAUUUCUUUGCAUGUAUGGUGAAGUUUGGGGUACAUCCCAAUUUAUUUGUCUAUAAUUGUCUGAUUGAUGGCUGUUGUAAUUCGUAUGAUGUGUCAACCGCGCUAGAGAUGCAUUCUGAGAUGGAAAAGCUUGGUAUUUCUCCAGAUGUUGUAACUUAUGGUACACUUAUAAAGGGUCAUUGUACUGUGGGGCAAGUGGACGAAGGAGAGAGGCUUUUGCAGAAAAUGGACGAAACAGGGGUGGUUGUGAACUCUGUUGUUUAUAAUCAGUUGAUUAAUAGGUACUGCGAGGAUAGAAAUAUGGAGAAGGCUUUGGCAUUGUGUUCUCAGAUGAUAGAGAAGGGUGUCCAGCCCAGUGUAGUCACCUUCUCGAUAUUGAUAGAUGGCUUUUGCAAGGUAGGGAAUGUAGAAGCUGCAAUGGGUGUAUAUACUGAAAUGAUUAUUAAAGACUUGAAACCUGAUGUGGUUGCUUAUACAGCUUUGAUUGAUGGUCACUUCAAAAAAAGAAACACUACUUCUGCUCUACGGCUAUAUAAGGAGAUGAUGGAGGUUGGAGUUGUUCCUAACGCUUUCACGUUUACUUGUUUGGUUGAUGGAUUUCGCAAGAACGGAAUGAUUAGUGAUGCAAUCAAAUUUUUCUUGAAAGUAACUGGUUCUGGUUCUGCAGGAGUCAAAGUAGACUCCAGUAAUGGUGUUCUUUCUUUCCCUAAUAAAGUUACAUAUUCUGCCUUAAUCCAUGGUUUAUGGAAAGAUGGGCAGUAUUUUAAAGCCAAUAAGUUUUUCAUGGAUCUACGACGCAACAAUCUGUAUCCAGAUUUACCCACUUAUGCCAUGAUGAUAAAACGUCAUUUUGAGGCCGGGCACAUAACUAGUGUCAUGAUGCUUAAGGCAGAUAUGUUAAAGACAGGUUUUAUGCCUAAUCUUUGCAUGUACAAGGUCUUGCUUAAGGGCUACCAAGAUAUGGUUGAUCUCCAUUCAACUUGUAAGUGUUAUGAGGAAUUAAUAGAUUCAGGUCUGGUUGGUUCCGCAGCAUCUCUAAUGCAAAGCCUCCAGGAUCAUGUAAAUAACAGUACCCUGUCAACUUCCCUGUUAACUUAACUAAUUGUUGUGCUAGUGGCUUCCUUAUCUGUAAAAUUCAGUAUCUUCCGAGAACCACCAAGCCUUUUGAUUCGUGCUGAUUAUCUUGAGUGUCGCUGGGUCAAUUUCGCACUGGAGAAGUGCGUGGGGCACCCUCAAUCUUCUGGGAAUCGAUCAUCAUCGAGGCUCAAGGAUCCCCUGGGGUUACAAGUAUUGCUGGAGCUAUGGGAUAUGCAAAAUUUCAUAGCGUUUAAUGGACAAUAUCCUGCAGACACUAUGGCAGGGGAAGACCGUGGAGCAGCUGAUAAUCUAAACAUCAA